GGUGGUGCAAUAAGUGAACAUACGCGAGCUUCGACCUCGAAACUCUGCCAUUUGGCCCAGUUUGCUUUUUUUCAUCCAAAUUCUACCUUGGGUUAUUGAAAAUCCAUUAAAUUUUGAAGUACAUGCCUUAGAUAGGUGGAUCGUUAAAUUAUUAUUAUUAUUAUGUUAAAAACGUUUUGCUUCAAUGUUAAAAUUUAUCUGCUUUUCACGACGAUUAUUAACUUAGGAGAAGGGUUAAACUGCACGUGUGGGCGGCCUGGCACAGCGAAUUCGAGGAUCGUCAAUGGCUUAGAAACAAGCAGGAAUGAAUUUCCAUGGAUCGUUGCUAUCAGGAAGAGGACGUCGCCGAUGGCCACCAUCCCGAACCUGCCGUACUGCGCCGGCAGCCUCGUCUCGGACUCGUUCGUGGCCACGGCGGCGCACUGCCUGGCCAACCUGCGCUCGCCCACACAGUGGGAGAUGUCCGAGGUGGUGCUGGGCAUGCACUACGCGCGCAGCAGCCCACCGGAGGUGCAGGUGCGCGGCAUCAAAAGGGCGGUGAUGAAGGUGCAGUACCGCAAUGAGAACAAGGACAGCGACAUCGCGCUGAUCGAGCUCGACCGGCCUGUCAACAUCUCCGCGGUCAUCUACCCCAUCUGCCUGCCGUACGAUCUCAAGUUUCCGGUGGCCGAUCCGUGGGUGGUGACGGCCGGCUGGGGCCGCACCUCCUACCGCGGCCGACAGUCGGAAGUCCUCAUGAAGAGCAAGUGGAUGGAGAUGAUCCGGCACGACCACUGCGCGGCCGCCACCAAGUACCGCGAGCGGCCCGGCCUGCUGACCGAGAGGAUGCUCUGCGGGGUGUCCGACCUUACCGACGCCUGCCUCGGCGACUCGGGCGGGCCUCUGAUGUUCUACCAUCCCAAGUACUACCGCUGGUUCCUGGUGGGAGUGACCAGCUUCGGCUGGGGAUGUAACGAGCCCAACGACCCGGGCGUGUACACCAGCCUCUACCACCCGGACAUCCUGGGCUGGCUGAGCUGCGCCAACACCGGACAAAUGUGUCAGAACUGAGCUGCGCCAACACCGGACAAAUGUGUCAGAACUGAGCUGCGCCAACACCGGACAAAUGUGUCUGAACUGAGCCCUACCAACACCGGACAAAUGUGUCAGAACUGAGCUGCGCCAACACCGGACAAAUGUGCCAGAACUGAGCCCUACCAACACCGGACAAAUGUGUCAGAACUGAGCUGCGCCAACACCGGACUAAUGUGUCUGAACUGAGCUGCGCCAACACCGGACAAAUGUGUCACAACUGAGCUGCGCCAACACCGGACAAAUGUGUCAGAACUGAGCCCUACCAACACCGGACAAAUGUGUCAAAACUGAGCUGCACCAACAUCGGUCAAAUGUGUCAGAACUGAGCUGCGCCAACACCGGACAAAUGUGUCAGAAUUGACAGUAACACCGGACAAAUGUAUCAUAAUUGAUAGUAACACCGGACAAAUGUGUCAGAAUUGACAGUAAUACCGGACAAGUGUGUCGGAAUUGACAGUAACAACACCGGAGAAAUGUGUCAGAAUUGACAGUAACACCGGACAAAUGUGUCAGAAUUGGCACAAACAGCAGACAAAUGUGUCAGGACUGAUAUAAACACCAGACCCGAGGUCAGGCCCGUCCAGUCAAAACUGGCCCGUGCUCCGACCCGCUCGGUCAAAACUGGUCUCCCGUUUCCAAGUCAAAGCGAUCAGCAAUAGGCGAUAAAAGUGCCGAAAUCACGAGUGUAUCUGCCCGCGACUCGGAUCAUGUUGGGCCAGUGCGUUGCUGGCGAUUAUUUGUCGUUUUAUGCCCCAUUAGCCACGGAGUUAGUUUGCGCCCUCAUCGUAUAGCUAGUAAGAGCGUAUGGUACGAAUUCCGCGAUAAUAUAUGUUUUUGGAAUAAUAGCUCAUACCUCGAACGAAACAAAUCCCCCAUAUUUUCGCGAGUUCCCAAUUUGUUCCAGACAUCAACUGAAACACCUCAUAUGCCUUCAUCUGCAUAAGACUGACAUCGAUUGACCAAAUUUUGUCGAGAGCUGUUCAAAUGUUGGUAAGCAAUGACGUUUGUUUGACGUGGGACGUCCUUUUCGUUCAUUUACUCCAGAUAAAGGAGUGAGAUACGCAUUGGAGGCGGAGUUUGUGUGUGCGCUUCGGCCAUGUCUUUCUUUGUAAUAGUAAAUUAGAGGCAUGAUCAGCGA